AUGGCUCGAGUAUCCACGCUUCUGGUUACAGUUCUGGCAUUUGCCGGGCAGACUUGCCUAGCCCAGCCACGAGCACACCAAGCCUCAAAGGUAAUUCUCAACGGCCGCGAUGUUGACGAGCAGUACGACUACAUUAUUGUGGGCGGCGGCACAGCGGGCCUUACCGUAGCCGACCGGUUGAGUGAAGACGGCAAGAAUACAGUCCUCGUCGUGGAAUAUGGCAAGCUCAGUAUUAUCCCCCGCCCCCCUUUACGGCUUCGUGCCCCCCAUUUAAUCAUCUCAACAGGCAACUCGGCCUCCAUCCGCACCGUCCAAGGAGGGUUCAUGGGCAUGUCGGAUGCAAGCCUCCUGUACAGCAUCCAGUCCGUCCCACAAACAAACUUGAAAAACCGGACGAUCGCUGUGCUCGCCGGCAAAGUAGUCGGCGGCUCCAGCGCAGUGAAUGCGAUGAUGACCGUUAGGGGGACGGCAGCCGAUUAUACCCGUUGGGGGAGCUUCUUCAGCGAUGCCUCCCACUGGAGUUGGGGCAGCCUGUUACCAUACUUCAAGCGGGCUUUAAACUUCGCGCCCCCGGAUGCGGCUGUCACGGAAUCAGCAAAUAUCACGUACGACACAAGCUUCUGGGGCAAUACUUCGGGCGUGUAUGCUGGCUGGCCCUCUUUCCAGUACCCGGGAACAACUGCGCAGAUGAAGGCUUUCGAGGGCAUCCCCGGCGUGCCGUUUGUUAAAGACAGUGGAUCUGGCGAACCGGGCGUGUACUGGUACCCGACCUUUAUGGACCCAACACUAGUGGAACGGUCGUACGCCCGGACUGGGCACCAUGACAAGGCCGCGAACCGUACCAACUACCACCUGGUGACUGAAUCGAAGGUCCUCAGAGUAGUAUUGGAGGGGACCACGGCAACUGGUGUGGCAUUUGUUCCCGUUGGCGCCGCGAGCAAUAGCACUAUUGAAACGGUGGUCGGUGCGAGAAAGGAGGUCAUUAUCGCCGCCGGUGGUAUUCACAGUCCUCAGGUCCUUCAACUGAGCGGGAUCGGUCCCCGUAACAUCCUGAGCGUGGCCAAUAUCACAACGGUGGUCGACCUUCCCGGUGUAGGCCAGAACUUCCAGGACCACCCCAUGAUCCAAACAACGUUCAUGUACAGCAACUUCACGCUCCACCCCUCCCCCCAAGACGCCUUCAUGGACCGCAACUUCUCCUCCUGGAUCGACACCGUCUGGAAGGCCAACCGCACAGGCCCCAAUUCCAUCGCCACAGGCAACGCCGCGGCCUGGCUGCCCUUCCCCAUCAUCUCCGCGCGCUCCGCCGAACUCUCCUCCGCCCUCGCCUCGCAAAACCACACGCUCGCGCUCCCGCCCAACACCGACCCCACCGUCGCCGCCGGCUACCGCGCCCAGAUGCUCUCCUACGCCACCGCCCUGCGCACCAACACCACCGCCUUCUACAACCUCGUCCUCACGGGCGGCACCACCAACGGCAUCGUCGUCGCCCUGCACCCCCUCAGCCGCGGCACCGUCAACAUCGAUCCCGCCGCCCCCUACACGCGCGAGCCCCUCGUCGACUACCGCGCCCUCAGCAACCCGCUCGACGCCGUGGUGAUGGCCGAGCUCGUGCGCUUCACGCGGCGCUACCACCUGGAGAACUCGCGCACGGCGGCAUGGGCGGCGCAGGAGCUGGCGCCGGGGGCGGAGGUGCAGACGGAUGCCGACUUUGCGGCGUACCUGGCCGAGACGCUGAGCCCGAGCGAGUUUCACCCGGCGGGUACGUGCGCUAUGAUGCCGAGGGAGUUGGGGGGGGUGGUGGAUGAGGAGUUGCGGGUGUAUGGGGUGGAGGGGUUGAGGGUCGUGGAUGCGAGCGUGUUUCCGACGUUGCCGGGCGGGAAUACGUGUCAGAGUGUUUAUGCGGUGGCGGAGAAGGCUGCGGAUUUGAUUCGGUAUGGGCCACCCAAGACGGUGGAAUAG